UUUUAAGAUACAAGAAAACAUGGAGCAAGUUUACAAUCUCCUCGUGGACUGUUCAUGUCCAAGAGAUAAUGAUCACAGAAAAGAGAGUGAGACAGGAAUACAAGAAUUGAGGAAUUCAGAUCCCGUUUGUUUCCUGUACUAUACAAUGGAAGUUCUUCAAAACGAUAAGUGAAAGGAGCAAGCAAGACAGCUUGCUGGAAUUCUCUUCAAAAACACUCUUAUCAAUGCUACUCAAGAUCCUGCUCUCGACAACUUGUGGCAGGAUAUGUCUGAUGAGCAAAGGGACUUACUGAAGCGAAAUUCUUUGGGAGCUCUCUGAAGUGAUAACAAGGCUAUUAUUAGAGCUGCUGCUACUGCAAUUUCAUCAAUCUGAAUCUUUGAAAUCCCAGCAGGCAGCUGGCCUGAAGUUAUUACUAGCCUGAAUAGGACCACAGUGAACCAAGAAGAAAAUAUCAAGUAUGCUUCACUACUGUCUCUUGCCUACAUCUUAGAAGAACUCAGAGAAGGCGAACUGAACAAAGAUGAUUUAAACUUGAUCGUCUCAGGUCUGAUUGAAUCUCUAGACAAGAAUAAAGAGAGUCCUGACCUUAUUGAGCAGACAAUUAAGGGGAUUUUCCAUUCGAUGAAGUUCUGCAAACAGUACUUUGAGAAAAGAGAAGCAGAUAUAAUUGUAAACUCAAUUCUUCUAAUGACCAAAUAUCAGUCUGUAGGGGUCAGAGAGGUUGCAAUGCAGUGCAUAGUUGAAAUUGUUAGACUGUGAUAUGAUUUUAUAGAAGAGUUUAUGAAGGACAUUACUGAUGUAACUAUACUUGCUACUGAGAAUGACGAACCUCAGGUGAAAACUCAGGCUAUUGAUGUAUGGUCCUCCCUUGCUGAAGAAGAAAAGAUGAGGAUUGAUAAUGGCAAGAGUCAUUCCAACAUCAUCAGAACUGCCUUUGGGAUCAUUAUGGAAAUGAUCUUUAGCUGUAUCCAAGAAAUCAACCUAGGAAAUAUCGAAGAAGACGACGACCAAGAAUGGGGUACCUCAGUUGCAGCAGGAUGAUGCCUCAACCUCAUCAGCAAAGUUGUUGAAGAUGAUGUCAUUGAGCCUGUGACCAACUUUGCAGCAAAGAAUAUCGAAGAAGAUAUGAAGUGGGAACAGAAGUAUUGUGGACUUCUCUCACUUGGAGCUAUCCUUGAAGGUCCUGACAAGAACAAGCUUCUAGAAAUUCUAACUCCUGCUGUUCCUCAACUGAUCGAUCUUCUUGCUGAUUCUAAUAGGAAAGUUUCUUACACUGCAGGAUGGCUAUUCUCGAAGAUUGCUAAAUCUAAUCACGAAUUGAUCACUUAUGCUGACAAUUUUGGUAGACUCUACGAUCAAUUGAUCAACGGGCUUAGGACAAACAACAAUAUUUCAGCCAACAUUUGCUCUAUUAUUGCUGAACUUGCUGAAGCUAUCCUAGACCGAGAAAAUCCUAUUGAAACUUGCAUCCUGAGCGGUGUCUAUGAAGAAUUAUUGAGCGUGCUUAAGGACUAUGUACUCGAAGAAAAUAGUGGAAAUACAAGAGUUGCAGGAUUCUCAGCCAUCUUCAAUCUCCUUCAGUAUGCCCCAAUCGAUUGUCAGGAGACCUCUUAUAAUUUCAUGAAUUACAUUCUUGACCUUCUCGAAGAGUCUGUGAAAGAUUCAGAGCCACCAAGUAUUGCUAACCAGGAAUUGCAAUGAUUCUUCUUAUGAGCUGUCCAAUGCAUUCUGACUAAUAUCCAGGCAGAUCUACAUGAUGAUUUUGGAGUAAGAACUAUCGAAUUAGUUCAGAAAAUCUUUCUCCAGAGACAAGACGUCUGUGAAGAAGCCUUUUUAGCCUUGAGUGCUGUAGCUAACAAGUUCCCUCAGAUAUUGAAUCACCAUAUUGACUCACUUGGACCCUUCUUGAUUCAUGGUUUGAAAUGUGAAAGCCCUGGCAUUAUUAGAAAUGUCUGAGGACUCAUUAGUGAUCUCUGAACACUUGUAGAAUCCCCCAUCAUAGUCCAAGAGUUCAAGCAAUAUAUGCCUAUAUUGCUUUCCCACAUGAAGAAUCCAAAUAUUGGAAUGAGUGUCCAAGUUAUUAUUGUUUCACUCAUUGGUGACACUUUCUUGCUGACUAAGAAUCAGUUUGAACCAUACUUUGAAGAGUCUCUGAUCAUCUUGGAAAGUGCAGCCAAGGCCUGUGUCGAAAUUCCCAACUGACAAUAUCUGAAGAAAUAUGAUGAGAUUCAAGCCUUAGUUCAAUAUCAGAGUUCUUUAAUUGAAGCAUACACUUGUUUCGUUCAGAAUAUCAGAGAUGUAAAUGACAGAUGCUAUCAGUGCCUUGGAACUCACAUUUAUAACAUAUACAACUUCUUGAUGAGCACCUUAGCCCCAGAAUUCGACCACUCAAUUGAUUUCUUAAGAGAAGUAGGAGGCCUCGUUGGUGACAUAGCUAAUACGUUUGGAAGGAAUAUAGGCAUGGAAAUGAGCAUGUCUAAUCAGAUAAUGAAGGAUGAUAACAGACUCCAUCAAUUAGUCAAUAUUUUGAGCAAUUAUGAUGAUACAGAUACCAAAGCCAUCGCAGAUUUUAUUGUAUCUGAAGUAAAUAAGAUUGGUAAUUAGUU